CACCCCGCCGCAGAAAAAAUUUCGAGCACCUCAGCAGUAACCUAGGGUUUCAUGGGGAUCAAAACAUCCAGCAAAAGAAAGCGACAAAAGAAGAAGGUGAAUAUGGAGGUGAUCGAGAUAUCAUCAUCGUCGCCGGAAAAAGAGACUAACGGGACUCCGGUGCGAUCGGUCUUUUGUCUCAAAAGGAGAAUCGAUAUGGAGCGCAUUGACUUAACUGAAGAUUGUUUUGUCCUGGAUUUCAACCCUUUUGAUUCUUUUGACACCUCCAACAUCUCCGGUAAAAGUGAUUCCGUCGAUGCUCCUGACCUCUCUGUAAUCGCCGAGAAAGGCCAGGUGGCUUGCAGAGAUUAUCCACAUUCAAGGCAUCUGUGUUUGAGUUUUCCCUUUGAAACAACCCCACAUGAGAAAUAUUGUGAACUGUGUUACUGUUAUGUUUGUGAUUCUGCUGCGCCAUGCAAAUAUUGGACGGUGCCUAAUGGAACACACUGCCAUGCUUUGGACCUUGAAGGUUGGAGGGACCAAAGGAAAUUAAUGAAAAAAAAGCCUGUGGCUCACGAAUGAAGAAGCCCCUUCGUUGUUGGCCUCCUUAUUUUGCAGAAAAUGGUAACUGAGUUACAUGCUUGUGAAAAAGUCAACUCCUUUUGACCACGUUUAGUCAAAUUCAGGGCUUAGAAUUUCUUGCCUUUGAUUCUAGAAAUGGGUUCUUGAUGACGGAUAUAUGCUAAUUUUGGUGACUUGAUAUGGUAUUUCAUGCUUCAAUAUGUCUUGAGGAUGCAGAAUGUAUAGUCAGGUGAAUGAAAUUUGAAUGUUAGC